GCCUACCCAAGUUUGUCGUACUCUUCAUGGAUGACCUGGGCCAUAUAUCCCAGUGGAGUGCCAUCAUGGCUGGAAGUCUCGCAGGCAUGGUUUCCACCAUUGUAAUGUAUCCUACAGACCUCAUCAAAACGCGCUUGAUUGUGCAGAAUAUGCUGGAACCAUCUUAUAGGGGGAUCCUCCAUGCUUUUUCUACUGUUUAUCAACAGGAAGGAUUCCUGGCCCUUUAUCGAGGAGUUUCCCUUACAGUUUUAGGUGCUCUCCCUUUCUCUGCUGGCUCUCUUCUAGUUUACAUGAAUCUGGAGAAAAUCUGGAAUGGACCCCGAGAUCGCUUCUCUCUCCUCCAGAACUUUGCCAACAUCUGCCUGGCUGCUGCGGUGACCCAGACCCUCUCCUUUCCCUUUGAUACAGUGAAGAGGAAGAUGCAGGCUCAGAGCCCCUACCUUCCCCGCUGUGGAGGAGUAGAUGUCCAUUUCUCAGGAGCCACGGACUGCUUCCGGCAGAUAGUGAAGGCCCAUGGGGUACUGGGACUCUGGAAUGGAUUGGCAGCCAACUUACUGAAGGUAGUUCCAUAUUUUGGAGUUAUGUUUGGUACCUUUGAGUUCUGCAAGAGAAUUUGUCUUUACCACAAUGGUUACAUUGUGUCUCCUCUGAGCUAUAAAUUGACCCCAGGGGUGGAUCAGAGUUUGAAACCCCAGGAAUUACGGGAAUUAAAGAAGUUCUUCAAAACUGGAAAACUAAAUUCUAGAAAACCAACUCUUUAAAACUGAAUGGAACUAGAAGUGCACUGACCGAAGGCGUUUUGCAAUCAUGGAUAAAUUUAGCUUCAAAAUUGCACAACUGUGGAGUGAGGAGAGGAUACUCCUGUCUGCUUCUCUGGGAAAUGAGAAGACUCAGCCAUACGCCACCUCUGAGCUCCAAAUUGAUGUCCCUGGGAACACCUGCAGCUCCGGAAGGUUUCCCAACAUGACCAUCUCCUGAUGGCAUUCCACCAGAUUUUAUAACAAAAGCUAGCAGUAAUGAU